GGGAGGGAGAAAAAAAAAAAAAAAAGGCCGGGACUAGCUCGCAGCUUGUCAAUUUCAACAUCGGGUCACAUGACCAGCACCUCCCUGCUAAGGAUGGGGAUAGAUUUCCACGUCAGCCUACGUCUCCAAAUUUCUACUUCACGGAUCCGCUUCAAAGAGGCAGCUGCAGUGGAGAAUCAUGUUAAGCUCGGCUACUGCGGAGCGCCCAAGGUAGCCAAUGAUGGAUUUUGAUGAGCGUGGUCCCUGCUCCUCUAACAUGUACUUGCCAAGUUGUACUUACUACGUCUCGGGUCCAGACUUCUCCAGCCUCCCUUCUUUCCUGCCCCAGACCCCGUCUUCGCGCCCAAUGACAUACUCCUACUCCUCCAACCUGCCCCAGGUCCAACCCGUGCGCGAAGUGACCUUCCGGGAGUACGCCAUUGAGCCGGCCACUAAGUGGCACCCCCGCGGCAAUCUGGCCCACUGCUACUCCGCGGAGGAGCUCGUGCACAGAGACUGCCUGCAGGCGCCCAGCGCGGCCGGCGUGCCCGGCGACGUGCUGGCUAAGAGCUCGGCCAACGUCUACCACCACCCCACCCCCGCCGUCUCCUCCAAUUUCUAUAGCACGGUGGGCAGGAACGGCGUGCUGCCGCAGGCGUUCGACCAGUUUUUUGAGACUGCCUACGGCACCCCGGAAAGCCUCGCCUCCUCCGACUACCCCGGGGACAAGAGUGCCGAGAAGGGGCCCCCGGCGGCCACGACGACCUCCGCGGCGGCGGCGGCGGUGACGGCGGCCACGGGCGCGCCAGCAACUUCAAGUUCGGAGAGCGGCGGCGGCGGCUGCCGGGAGGCGGCGGCGGAGAAGGAGCGGCGGCGGCGCCCGGAGAGCAGCAGCAGCCCGGAGUCGUCUUCCGGCCACACUGAGGACAAGGCCGGCGGCUCCACUCCCGAAGCCCGGCAGCUGCGCGCCGCCCGGGGCCGGCUGCAGGCUGUGGAGCCGGCCGUGGGCGCCCGCGAACUCCCCCUGGCCCGCCGCGGAGCGGGGGCCGUGGAGAGCCAGGUGGCCAACGCACCCGCAAGAAACGCUGCCCCUACACCAAGUACCAGAUCCGGGAGCUGGAGCGGGAGUUCUUCUUCAGCGUCUACAUCAACAAAGAAAAACGCCUGCAGCUGUCCCGCAUGCUCAACCUCACCGACCGCCAGGUCAAAAUCUGGUUUCAGAACAGAAGAAUGAAGGAAAAAAAAAUUAACAGAGACCGUUUACAGUACUAUUCAGCCAACCCGCUCCUCUAAGGCUCCCGCAGGCUGGAAUUGGGUGGGGGGAUGCAGACACAGGAGAUAAAAUGCAAGAUUUUGCCCUUGACUAGGUCAAGCCACGUGGUGACUGUUGAAGAAAAAAAAAAAAAAGGUGUUCAAGAGCGGGGAGGCUACCCAGAGAAUAGCCCAGCAGGAGGGGCCUGGGACUGUCUCCGUUAGGUUCUUGGUGGAUUAAGAUUCCUGAGAAGAAUCGAAUUCUGAGUUGUGCAUCAUGGAGAAUGAGCGGUUUGGGGACCCGUGGUGGUUCAGUCUUGGAGCCUGUGGAGCAUUGGGCUGGGUGUGGUCUCCAGUGAGGACUGGGCCCCCUGCCAGGCCCCCUGGAGGCCGGCCCCCUCCCCCAGGACCCUCCACACAGGAGCUGCCCACCCCCAGGACCCCUGCAUCAAAAGGCUAUGUGCUCUCUCUGCUACUCCGGUUCAGUGUGGGGACAGGGGUGGGAGGAAGGGGGAGGAUUCCUAGAGACCGGGAAUGGGGCUGUUUCCAAAGCCAAUGUGAAAGGCAGCUGGACCAAGAGGUGGCUGUGAGGAGGGAGAGGGCUACAGAUUCCUGAGUGCAAAGGAUCUCCCAUUCCAGGUGGCCUCUCUGCCUCCUGCCCCCAACCCAGCUGCCCACCGCACUGUCCUGGGCCUGAGCUGCGAGUGGCCGCCUCCAGCAGUCCACUUGGCUUUGCUUCCUACCAAGCAGGGUCUUGGUCCCAGCCUGCAUCCCAGGCCCAGCGCUUGGUUGCAGAGCAGGCUGCUGCCAGAGGCUAUGCCUAGGCUGCUGGCCCUGGUCGCGAGCUCUGCAGGCUGCGGCCGUUCGGCAAAGCCUGUACCACACUUAGCGAAGCUUGGAUUUUCUUGGUGUCCGGCAGGAGAGCAGCAGGCCUGGCCAGCAGGUCCUAGGCCAUGGCUAUGAGGCACUUGGGUCCCUCCAAACAUCCAGUUCCGGUGCCGUGCUCGGCCCUCACUGGCUCCAGAACUGAGUUCGGAAUCUUCCGACCACCUUCGAAGAGCCUGAGAGUGAUUUGGAAUUAUUUUAAAAGAUAAAUAUUAUAUUAUAUAUAUAUUUCCCUGAAGGAACCAAAGCGAAUUUUAAAAGAUGCAAUGUAGAGAGGGGGGGAAAAGAUGAUGAGAAUAUUUAAAGGCUCUAUCUGUUUACAGUGUUCCACGAUUAAACUCGCUCACUGCUAAGAAUAUUUGAAUGUACGCUUCAUACAGGGAUGGUGUUCAAAAGACUUGUAAAUAAAGGAACCAUAGCCUA